AUGACCACCAGGGGUAUCACCCGUGACGAGUCCAUCUACCCGGACCCCGAAUCCUUCAACCCGGGCCGCUGGCUUCAACCCGAGUACCCGACGUACAAAGAGCCCCUCACGCGCUUCCCCAACCUCGACGGCUUCAGCCAGUUCGGCUUCGGACGCCGGACGUGCCAGGGUGUGCCCAUCGUCGACCAGGACCUCUUCCUGACCAUGGGCGGCAUGGCCUGGGCCUUCAACAUCCAGCGCAAGCGCAACGCCGACGGAACCGAGGUGCCGGUGCACUGGAACGACUAUACGCCGCUGCUGAUCGCCAAGCCGGCGCCCUUCGAGUUCGACGCCGUCGUGCGCACGCCCGAGAAGGCCGAGCUGAUGCGGUCCAUGUUCGAGGCCGCCAAGGAGGAGGAGGAGCACGAGGAGAUGAUGAUGAAGAUGGGCAUGCCCGACGUCGACCCGGUGGAUGCCAAGAAGCAGAGCGCCGCGCCCAUGUCGACCAAGCCGCCGCCAUCGUCCCUGACGAUGAACCUCCGCCAGAGGAAGGAGGAGGGCGAGCACGAGAAGCAAUACCGCGAGCACGAGCGCGACAUCCCCGGGUGCCCCGGCCGGUGGGCGACGGAGAGCGACAUCGACUCGGGAAACGAGAAGGGCUACGUCGAUGAUGACAGCUGCUCCGGGCGUUCGUCGCCGACGACGCUGUCAUAG